GUCGUAUUAAUGAUACUUCUUGAAUUCGCCCUUCCGAUUGUUCUUUAUUAUGUUCUCAGAAUUUUUAUGCAAGAAAUAUGGGCAUUUCUCAUAUCGGGUGUCCCACCAUUUAUUAUCGCUAUAUACGGACUUGUGGGUAGAAAGCGUGUGGAAAUUAUAGGAGUACUCGUAUUAAUCUGUCUUAUUUUCAGUGCUAUAGUAUCAUUAUUUUAUGACAAUCCAAAGAUUCAACUAUUACAAAAAUUUAUGAGUUUGAAUCUCCUUCCCUUUAAUAUAAUAGCAAUGAUUAGCAUAAUUCCGAUAAAAAUUGGUACCUUUAAAAUGCGACCAUUAUUAUUCUAUAUUUGUAAAGAUUUGACAACAGGUGGAUCCUUUGGUUCUUUAAAUUCAGAAGUGGUAGAUGAAAGUUGGGACAGGAAUUGGGUUUCUUACCAAUAUUUUCGACGUGGUUUUAUCUUUAUGACAAUUAUCUGGGGAUAUGGUCUUCUUUCUGAGGUUUUAGUUCGUGCUAUGAUUAUUUACAAUCUUACGCCCGUC